AUGUCUGAGGGAGAACCCCUUGUAAAUGGUGGUCCAGAAACGGACGGCCCAAAAUCUUCCAGGACCCCCAAACCAGAUCUGUGCCCAGAGGCAGUGGAUGAGUUCAGGAGGAAACUGAAAUACUUCUUCAUGAGUCCGUGUGAGAAAUAUCAUGCCAGGGGACGCAAGCCUUGGAAGCUGAUGCUGCAAAUUGUUAAAAUUGCCAUCAUUACUGUCCAGCUAGUCUCUUUCGGACUUAGCAACGAGAUGACUGUUACUUUCAAGGAGCAGAACCUGUUGUUUUUCAAACACCUUUUUCUGAAGGGAUAUGGUGACCAGGAAGGUUCUACCAUCUAUAAAACGACUGAUGUCUAUGACCACAUCAAUUACGUCAUCAAGAGGUUUAUAAGCCUGCAGAACUUAACCGCCGGGAACCAUGCGUACAAAACGAUCAACGGCAACCCCAUCCCCCUCUCACUCUGUCAGGAGUUCUACAGACACGGGAGCAUCUUCCCUUCUAACGACACCUUUGACAUUGACCCCGUUGUGGAAAAGGACUGUAUUUCUAUUCACCCCAUGAAACCAUUUAAGGAGGAUACUCUAAGAAAGGGCAUGAAUUUUACAUUAGAUUUCCAAAGGCUGCUGUCAGUGAAGAUGUACCUCAACUUGAAAGCCAUUAAUCUGCAGACAGUACGUCAUUACGAACUGCCAGACUGCUACGACUUCAGCAUCAGGAUUGUGUUCGAUAAUAGAGCACACAGUGGACUUAUCAAGAUCUCCUUGGAGAGUGAUGUUGAGAUCAGUGUUUGCAAAGACCUGAACAUUUCAGGAUCCACAGAAACAACUUAUCACUUCCACAUGCUCCUCCUGCUGGACUCUGUCGUCAUUCUGGCCUGUGUGGUGUCACUCCUGCUCUGCACACGCUCUGUCUCCAGGGGCAUCCAGCUCCAGUUCGAGUACAGAACGUUUGUCUAUAGACGUCAUGGGAAAACAGUACCAUGGUCUGAACGCCUGGAGUUCAUCAACGGCUGGUACAUCCUCAUCAUCAUCUCUGACAUCCUCACCAUUUCAGGCUCAGUACUCAAAAUAUGUAUCCAGACAAAGGAGCUUACCAAUUAUGACGUCUGCAGUAUCAUGCUGGGGACAGGGACCAUGCUGGUGUGGAUCGGAGUCUUACGAUACCUCGGAUUCUUCCAGAAAUACAAUAUCCUCAUUCUUACCCUGAGGGCGGCUUUCCCUAAUGUGAUCCGGUUCUCCUUCUGCGCCAUCAUGAUCUACUUGAGCUACUGUUUUUGUGGCUGGAUUGUCCUAGGUCCACACCAUGAAAAUUUUCGAAAUUUCGACCUGGUGGCUUACUGCCUUUUCUCCAUGAUCAAUGGGGAUGAGAUUUACAGCACCUUCACUAAACUACGAGAGAAGAGUUACCUACUGUGGUUCUUUAGCAGAAUCUACGUUUAUAGCUUCAUCUCCCUCUUCACCUAUAUCAUACUGAGUCUCUUCAUUGCUCUCAUCACAGACACGUACGAGACCAUCAAGAAACACCAGCAAGAUGGCGUUCCACUCUCUGAACUUCAAGCCUUCAUGUCGGAGUGCCGGGAUCUGCCUGGCUCAGGGAAGUACCUGACGGACAAAGAAACGUCCACAUGCUCCUGUUUUCCUUGCCUGUGUCUUGCCUGA